AUGGCAGAACAGAUAGCGAUAGUAGGAUCUGCAUGUCGAUUCCCCGGCGGUGCGAGCUCGCCCUCGAAACUCUGGGACCUCUUAAAAUCGCCUCGUGAUGUAGUCCGAGACUUCCCCCCAGAGAGACUCAACUUUCAGAAUUUCCACAGUCAUAAUGGAGAACACCACGGCCGGACAGAUGUGCAGGGAAGAUCAUAUCUGCUCCAAGAGGACUGCCGCCUCUUCGACGCUGCUUUCUUCAAGAUCAACCCCAUGGAGGCCGAGGGUAUGGAUCCACAGCAACGUCUCCUUCUUGAGACCGUCUUCGAGGCUAUAGAGGCGGCAGGCUGGCCCAUGGAGGAGUUAGAGGGAUCUCAGACUUCCGUACACGUCGGCAACAUGACGGUAGACUUUAACGACAUCCAAAUGCGGGAUCCUGAAGCACUACCGACCUAUUCAGCCACUGGACUGGCUCGCAGCAUCCUCUCCAAUAGAAUCUCGUUUUUCUUUGACUUCAAAGGGCCAUCCGUUACGAUCGACACUGCAUGUUCCAGCUCCUUGGUGGCUUUGCACCAAGCCGUGCAGUGCCUCCGAAACGGCGAGGCCAGCCAGGCAGUGGUGGCUGGAGUGACCCUGCUCCUGGACCCAGGCAUGUAUAUUGCCGAGUCCAAGCUACAUAUGCUGUCCCCCGAUUCGCGGUCGCGCAUGUGGGAUAAGGACGCUAAUGGGUAUGCUCGUGGCGAAGGCUGUGCGGUGGUGGUCUUGAAGCCCCUUGCCAAAGCCAUUGCGGACAAUGAUCAUAUCGAAUGCAUUAUACGUGAGACGGGCGUCAACUCAGACGGACGCACGGAUGGCAUCACCAUGCCUAGCUCCACGGCACAGGCCUCACUGAUCCUUCAAACUUAUAGGCGGGCAGGCCUCAACCCCAUCAAGGAUCGUCCCCAAUUUUUCGAGUGUCACGGUACUGGGACUUUGGCCGGCGACCCUGUAGAGGCGCGCGCCAUUAAAGAAGCUUUCUUCCACAAUACUGAUGGUUCCGACGAAAUCGAGGUGAUAGACACAUCCCAAGAGCCCCUAUACUGCGGAUCUGUGAAAACUGUUAUCGGUCACCUUGAAGGAUGUGCAGGGUUGGCAGGCGUCUUGAAAGCAUCGCUAGCCCUGCAGAACAAAAUAAUCCCUCCGAAUAUGCAUUUCAGCCAACUAAACCCAGCCAUUGAGCCUUUCUACGAGAAUGUUCACGUACCUACUUCCUCUCAGCCAUGGCCAGAGACUCAAGGGAGGCCAUUGCGUGCAAGCGUGAAUUCAUUCGGAUUUGGUGGCACAAAUGCCCAUGCUAUUCUUGAGAGGUUUAGCUACGCAGACCAUCAGAGCAUGAAGGAUGGUCCAGCCUCUGAGAUGGGACCCAUAGGACCAUUCGUCUUCUCAGCCAAAUCUAGGACCACACUUCUUCGACAGCUCAAGCAGACUGUUGAGCACAUUCAGUCAAAUCCCUUGCUUGAUCUUGAUGCCCUUGCUUGGGUUCUCCAGACCAGGAGGACUGCACUUUCGAUGCGGACGUGCAUACAUGCCACUGACCGUCAGGGACUACUCGACGGACUCGAGAAACAGAUUCACGCGGCCGAGGUGUCAAGCGAUGCUCCUUUCGGCGUGAAGGCGAAUACGCUCAACGAUACCAAGCAGUUCAGGAUUUUGGGAGUCUUCACGGGCCAGGGUGCUCAAACUGCAGCUAUGGGGCGGGAGCUAAUGGCAUCCUCUCCCAUCUUUCUUGACGCUAUAAGAAGAUGCGAAGAAGCAUUAAAAUUGAUUCCAGAGCCGGCUGAAUGGUCAUUGAUAGAAGAAUUGGGUACUGAAGGGCCUCGUUCCCGUGUGGCCCAAGCCCAGUUCUCGCAACCACUCUGCACGGCUAUACAAAUUGGCCUUGUAGAUUUACUACGGGCUUCUGGGAUCAGCUUUGGAGCAGUUGUCGGCCAUUCUUCCGGCGAAAUAGGAGCCGCGUAUGCAGCUGGUAUUCUGGACGUUAAGGACGCCAUGGGCAUUGCCUACUACAGAGGGUUGGUCUCCUCGUUAGCCAGAGGCUCGAAGGGAGAAGAGGGUGGUAUGAUGGCUGUCGGGCUUUCUCUCAACGAAGCUCGCGCCUUCUGUAGUAGACCUGAGUUUUCUGGUCGACUCCAGGUCGCAGCAAGUAAUGGGCCGUCGACUGUGACCUUAUCUGGGGAUUUGAAUGCUAUACGCCAGGCUGAAGAAAUUUCAAGCAAAGAAGGCACAUUCGCCAGGAGACUCCAAGUCGAUACGGCGUACCAUUCUCAUCAUAUGCGUCCCUGCGCUACUGCAUACUUGGGAUAUCUCAGAGCCCUCGAUGUGCAAGUUAGACAGUCACAUGACUCCUGCUUUUGGUCUUCCAGCGUCCACAGAAACGUGGACAUGCGUCAACGACUUGGCGAGUUACGGGACCAGUAUUGGGUAGACAAUAUGGUAAAGACUGUCUUAUUCACCCAGUCCACCUUGUUCGCCAUUCAAAGUGUUCCAUCGCUCACCGUGGGACUUGAGCUGGGACCCCAUCCAGCGUUGAAAGGUCCGGUUACGCAAACUUGGGACUCAAUUCGAGAUUCCCCGCUGCCUUAUGCAGGCUGUCUCGACCGCAAAGUGGGAAACCUGUUUACCAUAUCUACAGCUAUCGGACUGGUGUGGAGUCAUCUCGGGCCUUCAGCAGUUGACUUUGAAGAAUUCCGUGACGCUUUGGGGUCAAGUCGCACGAGGCGAGUCCUGAAGGACCUACCUGCAUACCCCUGGGACCAUGAUCAAAUUUACUGGCACGAGUCUCGAUUGUCUCACAACUAUCGUCGAGGUUCGCGUGCUCCAAACAUGCUUUUGGGGCGACUGCAAGAGGACUGCAAGACUGAGAUGACCUGGCGCAAUAUCUUCCGCUUGAACGAAAUGCCGUGGUUGAGAGGGCACACAUUUCAAGGUCAGGUCAUCUUCCCCGGGGCCGGUUAUGUGAGCAUGGCUCUGGAAGCCGCAAAGUCUUUUGCGCGGGAGCGGCAUGUUGAAGUCGUCGAGAUACACAAUGUCAGCAUUACGAAAGCUUUGGUUAUCGAGGAAGAUACCAGUGGUGUAGAAGUCCUCUUCACACUUCGUCAACUAGACUCAACAGCUCAGAAGGGUCAUGAUCAGCGAGUACUAAAAGCCGCCUUCUCCUGUUAUAGCUGUUCCGAUGGUCAUGUCUUGGACGCAGCGUGUCAUGGUCAAUUAACCAUACACCUUGGCGAGCCCGGAAAGGAUACGCUAGGGCUGCCUCAAAGGCAAAUUUCCUCGAUCGAACUCCCUCCUCUACACGUUGAACGAUUUUUCAAGGCAAUCGAUAGCCUUGGAAUAGUCUACAAGGGAUCGUUCCGCGCCUUGGAAUCCAUCAACAGAAUCAGGGGCCAUGCACAGGCAGCGGCAUCCUGGGCGGAUGGUCAGCUAAACGAUAGCAUGCUGCUCCACCCAGAGAUUCUUGACGUUGGGUUUCAGGUCGGUUUUGCUACCUUCGCAUCGAUAGCCGAGGGUGCAAUGGGGGCUACAUACCUCCCUAAAGGAAUUCGUCGUGUCGUCGUGGACUAUGCGCAGAGCCUCGGCGAGCCUUCGGGAACAGCUACUACCAUGGAGGCUCACUUGAUCAAUUCGUCAAGCGAUAUAGUCGAAGUAGAUAUCAAUAUAUGCGAUACGCGUAACGGUAUCUCUAGGGUACAGGUUGAGGGCCUCCUGUUGAAGGCCAUUGCAGAGCCACAGCCUACGGGUGAUCGAUUGCUGUACGCCAAGACCGUCUGGGAUAACGACGCCGCGGGGGAGUUGAUUAUUCCCUCGUCGACAGUCGUCUUGGCUUCAGAUUUGGAGUACAUUGACGCAGUAGAGCGGACGGCGCUUUUCUUCAUGAAGAGUCUUACUCAGGAGUUUUGUCCACAGGAAAUCAGGGCCUUCAAAUGGUACCACCAAGAACUUUUCCGGGCGAUCGAACUGUUCUUGAAGCCAGUUCGAGAAGGAAUCCAUCCUGUUUUGAAACAAGAAUGGCUUCAAGAUAACCGUGCCACGAUCCGCACUUUUUCUGAGCAGUAUCCAGGAAGUGUAGAUCUACAACUUCUCACAGCAGUGGGUGAAAACUGGCCCUCAGUUAUGCGCGGCGAGUCGGAAAUGCUGGAGCAUAUGUUGAAAGAUACGAUGCUGAGCCGACUGUACAUGGACGGCCGUGGUUUUUCAAUCUGUAACGACUACGUCGCUGCAUAUAUGAAGAAAAUCACGCACAAGUACCCGCGCACCCGAAUCUUGGAGAUCGGGGCUGGUACAGGUGGGACAACUCGUAGUGUCUUGGACAGUAUCGGUGAUGCCUAUACAUCAUACGCCUAUACCGAUAUCUCAGCUGGCUUCUUUGAGCAUGCGGCUGAGAGAUUUACAGACCAUUCCCAGAAGAUGGAGUUCAAGACAUUCAACGCGGAAAAGACCCCUGGCGAGCAAGGACUGGCAGUAGAAACCUACGACAUCAUCAUUGCCGCCAACGUCUUACACGCCACGCGGAACUUGGCACAGACCAUGCAAAACGUCCGGUCCUUACUGCGUCCAGGUGGCUUCCUAGUUGCUGUGGAGGUCACUGGCACCAUGCUUCGCGAGCCAGGCCUCAUGGGUGGCCUAGAGGGAUGGUGGCUUGGUGUUGACGAUGGACGUUUCCCAUGUCCAGGUAUUUCGGCCAAGAGCUGGCAUGAUGUUUUCCAGAGCAAUGGGUUCUCGGGCGUUGAUUCCAUCGCCUACGACUUCCCUGAAGUCAAACGCCACAACUGUUCGGUGCUCAUCACCCAGGCGGUGGACGAAAAAUACGAUGUUCUGCGCAACCCCAUUACAUCGAUCGAUGCUGUCCCAGAAACUCAAUUCCUUAUUGUAGGAGGCGCCACGUUACCGGUGUCUAAGGCAGUUCGUCGAGUCGAGAAGAUGCUCCGACGAUGGACGCCACGCAUCAAGGCUUUCAACAGCGUCGCGGACCUGGACCCCUCUGAGGUCAGCCCAGGUACCUCAGUAUUGUGUCUUUCAGAUCUUGACGAGCCGAUAUUCAAAGCUUUGAUGGACUCCAAGCGAUUGAACAAUCUGCAGGAGAUGCUAGGGAAUGCCGAGAACGUGUUGUGGGUAACAAGUGGCCGGCUAAGCCAUGACCCCUACAGCAAUAUGAUGAUUGGUAUCGGUCGUGCGCUCGCCUUUGAGCUACCGCACGUCCGCAUGCAGUUCUUAGAUUUUGAUGAACAGUCCUCGUGGGACAUGGAAAUGGUAGUUCAGUAUCUUGCUCGUAUGGUGCUUCUAUCCUCACCGCAGUAUCUAGACUACAAUAUGCUCUGGACACACGAGCCUGAGGUCCACGUCAGAGGUGACCAAACGUUGGUGCCACGUUUGAUCCGAGACGAUUCUUCUAAUGAGAGUCUCAACUCUCGCCGCCGUCAGGUCACGAGGCUAGCAAAGGAGUCCGAGUCGGUCGAAUUGAUCCACGGCGACGAUCAAACUGUGCUCGUCAAAACGAAGCAGUCGCAUCAGUCAGACACUGGAUCCGUAGAAUUUGUUGUCAGAUUGUCCGUGGCUCUACAUUCCAAAGACGAAGCGCCUUGUUAUUUAUGUUUUGGUAAAGUGGGAAACUCCGAUAAGCCAGCUUUCGCAUUGUCGAAAACCGACUGUUCGACGCAUGUCUUACCACCCCGGCAGGUGUUCGAACCACGGACCCUGAGUACUUGCGAUGACAAGCUCCUCAUUUCUGUUGCUUCCUCACUGAUAGCAUGCCAUAUUCUCUCAAGCUACCAUGGUGAGGAGACUUUGAUGGUCUACGAGCCGACAGAGGGCAUCGCAGAAGCCAUAUCCAAUGCUGCAGAGCGGAAGGUGCUCUUCGUUUCCGGAGAAGCGACACAGACCGGCAAAGGUUGUAUCACGAUACACCCGCUAAGCUCUGCUCGAACAGUCCGUCGACUGAUACCUGCUGAUGCUCGUUUUCUACUCGAUCUCUCGGGCAACAAUCAGAACGCACCCGCCAGUAUGAUGGGGAAUAUACCGCUCCAGUGCAGCUGUGUCAAAUUCAGGCCCAAUACCAUUCCUAAUGACCGCACUACCCUGGGAGUUGCAUUCGACAUGGCUGUCUUGGCGAAAACUGGUCCAAGUCCCAAAGUCGUCAAGAUAGGCGAGACCGAGGCCGAAGAGUUUUGCACCAGGCGCCUUGCCACUGUAAUUGACUGGGAACGCACAGGUCCACUGAGUAUAGUGAUACCUCCGCCCGACGCACAACAGGUCUUUUCGGGCAGCAAAACUUAUCUGCUGGUGGGUAUGGCGGGUGAACUGGGCCAAUCGCUGUGUCGCUAUAUGUCCAGCUGCGGUGCCCGCCACAUUGUCGUCGCGAGUCGUAAUCCCGCGUGCGGCGAGCGCUGGCUCGAAGAUAUGCGCGCAGCUGGGGUCAACAUCCACGCCACCCAGCUGGACGUAACAGACCGGGAUCAGGUGCAAGCUACUCUUUCUAAGCUCAGGACAUCGAUGCCUCAAAUUGGAGGCGUAGCUAAUGCCGCAUUGGUGCUCGAGGACUCGCUCUUUGUCAAUGCCACAGCUGACAGUGUCAACAAACAGCUGAAGCCGAAAGUCGACGGCACUGUACAUCUCAACGACGAUUUUGUGGAAGACGACUUGGACUUCUUCAUAGUAUUCUCGUCACUGGGUAGUGUGUAUGGAAAUGCUGGCCAAUCCAUAUACCAUGCUGCCAACAUGUUCAUGACAAGUCUGGUAGAACAGCGAAGGAGUAAAGGCAAAUCGGCAUCUGUAAUCGACGUCGGUAUGAUCUCAGACAUCGGAUACGUCGCCAAGAGCGAAAGGAGCGGGUCUGGAAUUGAGAAGCAUCUUCAGUCACAGUUUUAUAUGCCACUGGCAGAGACUGAAUUCCACCAUCUGUUCCUCCAGGGCGUCCUCUGUGGCCAUCCGAGCUCUGAAAAUGCGCAUCUCACCAUUGGAAUCCAACCCUUCAUUGAUGAGCAAGACGCAAUCAAGCCUCAAUGGUACGACAAUCCGUAUUUCUCUCAUAUGGUCGUCCAGCCUUCGUCUUCCAAUGGAUCUAACCAGCCUGCGACAUCGGCCCAGCAAUUGCAGGAAAGGUUGGAAAGUGUCUCUUCGAUUGAACAAGCAUCAGACGUGUACCACACGAUGUUCAGAAACAAGAUGGAGGCAAUGAUGAAAAUUCCUGCUACUUCAAUCGACAUCUACGCCCCCUUGUCUGACCUGGGGCUUGAUUCCUUACUAGGUGUAGAGAUCCGAACCUGGUUGCUGAAGGAGAUGUAUAUCGACGUUCCGCUUCUCAGGAUUCUGGGUCGAGACUCGAUCGCAUCCAUCUGUUCUGUAGCUGCCGAGAGACUGCUCUCGGGAAAAGUGGCGUCUAACGCAGACGACAAGGCAGCGGAAACGGUGUUCGUAUCAGUCGGCAGCGCCGAUAAUGUCCAAGCUCUCCAGGUUCCAGAGCAAACUGUCAGCUAUUCCACGUCCCAAGUUUCGGAGGCGAGCCUCAGCUCAGAGUUUGGUACUCCUGCAGACUCCAAAACCACUGACACAGGUUCGUAUGACCAAGAUUUACCGCCCGUCCUGCGUCCUACGAUAGUGUCAACGUCUUGGGAGCCAACGUCCUUAUUUCCGAUAGAGUUCAGUCGAACAGAACGAAUGUCAUACGCGCAGGCGAGUCUGCAUUUCCUUCAAACUUACUUGGAUGAUCCUACCACAUUCAAUGUUACUGCUCAGUACGAGAUCAAUGGUUCGCUGAACGUGAGUCGAUUCACGCAAGCUUUAGAGAAAACAUUGGCACGCCAUGACGCAUUCCAGACUUGCUUCUUCACAGAGCCUGGGACUCUUGAACCGAAACAAGGGGUUGCUGCGGUUCAUUCUGGCGACAGAGUAUUCCAUGUUGAGUCAGCUUCAAUACAGACCGUCUGUGAAUUAUAUCAAAGCCUUGCGCUUCAGCAAUGGGAUCUCACGUCUGGACGGACUUUUCAGGCUAUUCUGGUGACGCAUGCGUCUGAUGUACACAGCUUGAUCAUUGAAUGCCAUCAUCUUAUCAUGGAUGGAAUGAGCUGGCACCUGUUUCUCCGGGACCUUGACCGAGCAUAUCAGAUGCUACCAUUCCAGCCUAAUAUCGUUCCUUCAUAUCUAGAUUUCGCUCGGAAUCAGGAACAAGCACUUGCCGAGGGGGGUAUGGACACCUCUCUAGCCUACUGGAUGAGCAAACUUCAGCCAAUCCCAGCUGUGAUUCCGCUCUUGCCACUGGCGCAGACGAGAACAAGAAAGACUCGCCGCAAGUAUGGAAAUAACAGGCUUGAGAGAGAGCUUUCCUUAGAUAUGGUUGGCCAUGUCAAAAAGGCAAGUCAAGCCUGCCGUUCCACUCCCAUGCAGUUUUAUCUAUCGGUUCUGCAGGUUCUUCUCUCUCGUCUUCUGGACUUGCAAGAAGUCUGCAUUGGUGUGACCGAUCUGGGACGUGGGUACAGCGCAAGCGACAAUGGGCGCGAAGAAACAAUUGGGCAAUAUGGAGAAACCGUUGGCCACUUUACCAACCUUCUUCCUAUGCGUUUCAACAUCGACCGCCAUGAGACCUUCUCCCACCUCGUACAUGAGACUUCGCGAACAGUGCUCGAGGGGCAGAGCCACGCCACCGUACCUCUGGACAUCAUUCUAUCAAAGCUAGAUAUGGAACGAUCGCCGUCGCACACGCCGGUCUUCCAGGUUGCUUUCAACUAUCGCGUUGGCAGCUUGCUCCAGAGGAAGUUAGGCGGUUGUACCAUGAACUUGAUUCAAUACGAAGAUGCGAAGAACCCGUACGACAUCACGCUGAACGUGACCCAAACUGCCAAAGGCGGUCAUUCCUUGGAACUGUUGACUAGCGACUACCUUUACUCCGCCCCGACCUCGGAAUUCUUGAUGAACGUCUAUAUCCAUCUUCUCAAGUCUCUGUCUUCCGACCAGAGGUGGAAGCUCCGUGACUGUAAGCUCUACGAUGAUGAGAAAGUCGGCGACGUGCUCCGAUUGGGUCAUGGACCUAGGAUCGUUCACGAAUGGCCAGAUACCAUUUCUAGAAGAAUCCAAAAGGUAUAUUCAGCAUUCCCUCAAGUUAUUGCCAUCAAGGACAGCACAACCUCCGUGACGUACGCGCAACUGGCAAGGCGUGUGCAGUCCAUUGGACAAGCAUUAAUGGGGGCUGGAGUGGAACCAUACAGUUGCGUAGCUGUUUUAUGCGAGCCUAGCAUCGACACAUUUGCAUCAAUGCUGGCUAUCCUACAUAUUGGCGCAGUAUAUGUUCCACUCGAUAUGAGUCUACCCGCCACCAGGCAUCGCACCAUGGUGGCAGCAUGCGAUGCAAAACUUUUGGUCUUCCAUCAUCGCACAUCAGACGCUGCCUCUCAGUUUGACUCUAUCUCCAAGGUGGACCUAUCGCAAGAGCUCGGGGGAUCCAAGCAGCGUUUCCCUGCUGAGCCCUUCGAAAGCGAUACCAGCUUCGUACUCUUUACGAGCGGUUCCACUGGCACACCCAAAGGUAUCCGUCUUUCGCAGAGUGGGAUCAUGAAUUACGCUGCCUCCAAGAGUGCAGAACUUGGCCUCAAGCAGCCAAAAGUACUCCAGCAGAGCUCGACAGGCUUUGACAUGUCUGUCGCUCAAGCUGUCAAUGCUCUUGCGAAUGCUGGGACCCUAGUCGUAGCCCCGUUGGGGAUGCGCGGCGAUCCUGUUGCGAUUGGGCAGAUGAUGUUAGCUGAACAGAUUGAGUUCACUCUAUGCACUCCAUCAGAGUAUCUCAUGCUGUUCACUUAUGGAGGUGAUAGCCUCCGGCACUGUACUUCGUGGACGCACGCAUGCUGUGGUGGCGAGGCCGUGACUGAGAAGUUGGUCUCCGAGUUUCGAAGAUUGGAAUUACCCAACCUAAACAUGCUGACCGACUGCUAUGGUCCGACCGAAAUUUCAUGUGCUGCGACUUUCUGCCAAAUACCUCUAAGUACGCACGACAAGGUUGAACUUCAUAACUCCAUCGGCAAAGCCAUCUCCAACACUUCUAUUUACAUUCUUGGGCAAGAUUCAGGGAUGGUUCCGGUUGGUUUCGAGGGAGAGAUAUGCGUAGGCGGCGCUGGGGUUGCGAGAGGCUAUCAAGACGCCGCAACCAGUUCUGCUAGAUUUAUCGCAAACCCGUUCGCAACUGCAGAAGACGUGUCACGAGGUUGGACGACCUUGUACAGGACUGGAGACAAGGGUUGCAUCCGAGAAGACGGGUCGAUAGUGUUCUUGGGUCGAAUGGACGGUGAUACACUGAUUAAACUCCGUGGCCUGCGCAUAGAGCUUACCGAGGUCGCCAAUAUCAUCAUGAAUGCUGGGAAGGGCUCAUUCGCCGAUACGAUUGUGACAGUCCGUGGCCCGUCUGACUCCCAGUUUCUGGUGGCACAUGUGGCCGUUGCCGAAGAGAAUCGCCAAUCCCAGGAAGAUCUUGAUAGGAUUUGCGCCGAGCUCCCCUUACCUCGGUACAUGGUGCCUUCCAUAAUUGUGGCCCUUGACCGUCUACCAACCUCAUCAAAUGGAAAAGUUGAUAGGAAAGCCGUACAGUCACUCCCUCUACCAGAUCGGAAUAAAAUGGCUCAUAUGACUAAGGCUGAGGAGCCGGAGCCAUUGACCGUAGCCGAAGGCGAGCUUCGACUGAUCUGGCGAGAAGUCCUCGGCGAGGCUGCUGGCGCUGCCAAUAUCCGAGCGGGCAGCGAUUUCUUCACAGUAGGAGGAAGCUCACUUCUCCUAGUCCGUCUGCAGAAUGCUUUAAAGGAGAAGAUCGGCGUGCAGCUGCCGCUCAAAGAUCUCUACCAAGCUAGCACGCUGCGUAACAUGGCAGUCGUCACGAGCCACGAGCGAGGCGACCUUAUUGUUGAUAUGAUUGACUGGGAAGCAGAGACGGGCAUUCAAGACGAAGUGCUGAGCUCGGCUGGGGCGCUGAUUACACAUGCACCGAAGCGUACGCAACGCCAGGUUCUGUUGACCGGGGCUACUGGGUUUCUGGGUUUCGAGAUCCUGGCGAAACUCCUAGAAGACGAUGACGUUUCCCACGUUCACUGCAUUGCUGUGAAUCCAGAUCAUGCAUCCAAGUUGCCGAAGUCCGACAAGAUCACAGUUUACACAGGCAGUCUGCUGAGUCCCACCCUCGGUCUGUCAUCACGCGACAUGGAGAGGCUGCAACAAGAUGUGGAUCAGAUCAUCCACGCAGGCGCUCAGGGUCACUGCCUGAACAACUACUCGUCGGUGCGCGCGGCGAAUUACGUAUCAACACAGUUUCUCCUCCUCAAGCUCGCGGUCCCGCGCGCAGUCCCCUUCGAUUACAUCUCAUCUGCGCGCGUCAUCCUUUACGAAUCCGGCUCACACGCGUCGGCACCCGUGUCCAUGGCUGCGCACCCACCGCCCACAGACGGCAGCCAGGGCUACACGGCGUCCAAGUGGGCGAGCGAGCGAUGGCUCGAACGCGUCGCGUCGAUAGAGGCAAUGAAACUUCCUAUCACCAUCCAUCGUCACUGUUCUAUCAUCGGCGCCACUGCACCGCACGACGACGCCAUGAACUCGGUCAUCCGGUACUCAAUCCUCAGCAGCACCGUGCCUGCGCUGCCGAAUGCCGAGGGGUACUUCGACUUUGAGGAUGUGAGCAAGGUGGCGCAAUCGAUCGCUGCCAAGACCGACCGUGAUCCAGCAGGCGGUCUCGAGUUCCGCCACCAUAGCAGUAACAUCCGGGUCCCCUUCAGCGACCUCGCACAGCGUAUGACCACACUCUACGGGGGCGAAUUCACAACAGUGGGGAUGGAUGAGUGGUUGCGAAGUGCGGAGGAACUUGGUAUUGAAGACCUUAUUGUGAGUUAUCUAAAAGCGAACGUCGUUGGUAGUGGCCAGUUAUCAUUCCCAUAUUUGGGUGCCUGA